AUGUGUAAGUUGGUGAACACGACCCUCCGGAGAAUCUUCCCAAAAGACCUUAAGUGGACCUCCUUUGCCAUCAACCAUGGUACUAUGAUGCCCAUCCACCGGGACGUGAACAAUGCGGAGCAGCACCCCAACGGCAGUGUGGGUUUCGGGGAUUACGUUGGAGGCGAGUUGUGGGUUGAGGGAGAAAGUUCCAUUUGUGGUAGGACUGGAAAAGUUGUGAAGAAGGUUGGUAGUCAAGGUCAUGAGAUUCAGGGCAUGGAAUAUGAUGUCAAAGGUAAGCCUGUGGUGUUUUCGCCUAAACAGUGGCAUGGAUCAUGUCCGUGGGAGGGAGAUCGAUGGGUGAUCACGGUCUUUGUGAGUCGAGGUUGGGAUCAUGUUUCGGAUGAUGAGGUUGAGGAACUUAAGAAGUUAGGAUUCCCCGUGCCACGUCAGACCAAACAAUCCGCCUACCCUGCCGAAGCCCUCACCCGAGAGCGUAGGAAAGAAGACGAGCGCAUUAGGAGAAGGCUGUACUUGUUGCAUUGUGCCACCGGACACAGUCAUCCUAAACAUAUGAUCCAGGCCCUCAAGCGUCGUGGGGUUGACGGUAGGACCCUCCAACUUGCCGAAGAGUUUACUUGUGAUGUGUGCAAGGAAAAGCAAAGACCACCCCCUAGGAACCUUGCUGCUCUGGAGCCUCUUCCUCCGAAACUGUACACCAUAGGAGCGGAUAUAGGACAUUGGGUGCACCCUCACACGGAGGAAAGUUACCAAUUCAUGAUCAUCGUUGAUGAGGGGUCGCGGUUUCGUACCGCGCGCAUCCUCAGUUCGGGCUCGAAGCAAGCCCCCAAUGCUCAGGAUUGUCUGUCGUACUUGCAAGAGGGAUGGGUUCAGUACUUUGGUCAUCCUCGGGCUUUGCGGUUGGACCCCGCAGGCGCAUUCCGGAGUGCCGCAGUGGAAGCAUGGUGUGAUAAGUAUUCUGUUCACUUGGACAUAGUCCCUGGAGAAGCCCAUUGGAAAAUAGGGACCGUGGAGAACGCUGUGAAAGGCGUCAAGGAUGUCAUGUCCAAGCUUAGCCACUACGACCCCGAGAUCACACCACAGGAGGCCUUGGCCGAGGCAGUGCAUGCUUUCAACCACCGGGAGCUCAUCAGAGGUUUCUCCCCUGCUCAACACAUAUUGGGAAUGGCGCCAGAUGAGACAGGCCGUUUUAUAGCCGGCAGUCCUCAUGCACACCCCCAGCUUGCAGUGGAGAAUCCCAGUGGCGAGUUCCAAAGAGGAGUACAACUCCGAGCUGAGGCAGAGAAAGCCUUGGCAGAGUGGACAGCGGGCCAACGGCUCAUGCGAGCAAAGCACUCGCGACACCGCCCGUGCUACGACUACGUCCCUGGCGAACUGGUGUACUAUUGGAGGACGCAGGACUCCAACAAAGGACGAAGACAACCUGGAGGCAAGCAUGGAAGGUUUUUGGGACCGGCUCGCAUCCUGGCCACCGAGUCCCGCAGAGACGAGGCCGGAAACAUCCGGCCAGGCGGUUCCGUUUGGUUGGUCAAGGGAAGGAGCCUUCUGAAGUGCGCACCCGAGCAGUUGCGCAGAGCGACAGACCGAGAGGAACUGGUGGAAGCUCUGGCCUCCACCACCGAAGGAGCCACCCCCUGGACUUUCCAGACCGUUGCUGAGCAGAUCGGGGGAAACCGCUUCGAGGAUCUUUCUUCUGAUCUUCCACCCUUGGCAGAGUGGCAGCGUGCCCAGAGGGCCGAAGAAGAGGUCCAGCCAUCACGACAGCGUCUACGAGGGAAGCGACCACCACCCGCCGCAUCAUCCUCAGACGGUCCCCAGGUGGAGGCCAUGGAAGAGGAGCCCGCCCUGGAAAUUCCAGGGCCACGCGAGCGAUCCCGAUCACGAGGCCGGGAUGCAAGCAGCGCCGCCCUUUCUGCAGAUCUCCCCGCCGCUUGGUGGACAACUGUUGCCGAGGACAAGUGGCCUGAUCAACAGGCCAGUUACUGGAGUAACCCUGAGGCAGCAGUGGAGAUCGAGAUAUCCUUUCCACAAAGCCAGAGAGGAAAACAGCAGGCCCUUCGGGACCUACCCAGCUAUUUUGUGGGAAGUAUGCGACGUCGUGCAGUGGAACUGUCAGAGCGAAGGAUGAGCCCAGACGAGAAAGCCGCAUUCCAGGGAGCCAAAGCCAUAGAGGUAAAGAACUUUGUGGCAUCCAAGGCCUUCGAGAUCCUCCCUAGCCACCUCCAGCCGGACAAAUCACAGGCUAUCGGUAUGAGGUGGAUUCUCACUUGGAAGCUGAAGGAAGACGGAAGCCGAAAACCAAAGGCUCGCGCAGUGCUCUUAGGCUACCAAGACGAAGGCUACGAACACCGUGCUACCACAUCGCCGGUUAUGACGAGGACUACACGUCAACUCCUCCUACAGCUCUCAGCCUGGAAAAGGUGGAGAGUGCAAAAAGGGGACGUCACGGGAGCCUUCUUACAAAGUCGCCAGUACCCCGACCAGCUUUUCUGUAUCCCUUGUCCAGAGAUUUGCGAAUCACUAGGGAUCCCCAUUGGAAGCGUAACGCGAGUAAAAAGAGCUUGUUACGGCUUGGUGGACGCUCCUUUGGAGUGGUACAGGUCAGUUGACACUUUCUUGCGCUCCUUAGGGUUCGAAAGGUUGUGGUCCGAUGCGUGCUGCUGGGUCUUGAGAGAGAAAGGGGUUUUGAGAGGGGCCAUCAGUGGACACGUUGAUGAUUUUCUGUUUUGUGGUAAGGAUGGGGAUAGUCUGUGGGAAUCCAAGGUCAAGGCCAUCAAAGAACAGUUUAAGUGGGGAGACUGGGAACAGAACAAAUUCACGCAAUGUGGAGUGAUCAUUGAACAGAAACCCGAAGGCUUUGAAUUAUCCCAGCCCACUUACCUUGACAACCUCCAGGAGAUUGGAAUCAACGCCACCCGCCGCAAGGAUCGUACACAACCCACCUCAGACAAGGAGAAAUCCCAACUUCGUGCUCUGUUAGGAGGAAUCAGCUGGCACGCCCAGCAAGUCGCGCCCUACCUCGCAGCCGAAGUAGGACUGUUACUAACUGAGGUAUCCAGAUCCACCGUGGAGACCAUCGUGAAGGCGAACAUCCUACUGGCGACAGCAAAACACAAGCAGGACCACAUCAUGAAGAUUCACAGCUUCAAGGAGACUGACCACCUCACCCUCAUUGCCUGGGUGGACGCAGCCCAGGGAAACCGCAUCGACGGGGGGUCGACCCAGGGCAUCUUCAUUGGCAUGUCAUCAACCAAGCUGCUCUCUGGAGCAGUGGAGGGGGUGAGCCCCAUUUCGUGGACUUCGCAAAAGAUCGACAGAGCCUGCCGUUCUCCUGGAGCCAGUGAAUCCCAAGCAACUGUCAACGGCGAGGACAGCCUCUACGCAGCUCGCUUCCAGUGGAGCGAACUUCUUUACGGGCGACCUGACCUACACUGCCCAGACAGCCACGUUCGCCGAACCGGCGGUUGCGUGGUGACGGACAGCAGGAAUGUCUACGACAAGCUAGAGACCGAAGUCUUGGUGGUGAAGGGUGCGGAGAAACGAACCAGCAUAGAGUUGUUGGCCGUGAAAGAGUCCCAGCAGAACACCGGGGUGAACCUAAGAUGGGUCCACAGCGAAGCCCAAUUAGCCAACAGUCUGACCAAGGCAGGGGGCUACAGAGAGUACGAGCUCUACUACAAGAUGGGACAUUGCUGGCGUCUCGUGGAAGACGAGGCCAUGAUGUCAGCUAGACGCCGGAAGGAUCUCGGUCUACUACCCCUACAAAGCACAGCUAAAGCUUCUGAAAACCAUUCGGACUUAAGGGGUGAUAUUCCGCAAGAGCGAUCCAAACUCGAUCUCCAACCAAGCAGCCAUAAGUGCGAGUCUCCUAAGGAGACGUACAUCGAGCAUACGGCAGCUAUUGCGAGGAUCAAAAGGCCUCCGAGUGGGGGCUCAGAGGGCAUUGCGUAG